CGGGGCCUUAUCCAUGUCACGGGAUCGCAACCAAUGGGAACGUGACAUGACGCCCGCGUGGGGCCACGUCUAUCUCCCACCCUUUGGCUGCAUCUUCAGUUUCAGAGGCAUGCACGCGCUUAUGCCAAUUGCUGGACUACAUCAUACAGCAGCAAGUCAGGGCAGAGCAAUGCUCCAUUCCAUGGCGCCCCUCCACGCCGCCGCCGCCACUGCGCAGCACGCAGCCGUCGGCGCGGCUCCAAGCAGAGAUGCUGCCCCGAAGAAGAACGGCGGCAGCGUUCCAGCCGGACGCGACACCAGGAGGGCGUUCCUGAGCGGCGUGGUGGUCGCCGCAGCCGGCGCCGGCGUGCUGCUGGGCCACGUGGACGCGGCACCGGCGGCGUCCAAGAGGCGGGCCCCGCCGCCGCCGUCGGAGGAGAAGGAGAAGAAGGACCCGAACCUCAGCGGCGUGCAGGCCAAGGUGUUGGCCAGCAGGAAGCGGAAGGAGGCCAUGAAGGAAGCCGUGGCCAAGCUGCGGGAGAAGGGGAAGAAUCCCGCGGACGCGGCCAGCGCUGUAACCGGAAUAAAGCCCAGAUCGACAGGGGCCGUUGUAGAGUGAGUUUAUUUGGGUGCCGCUUUUUUUUUUCUUUUUGAGAAUAAUUUGGGUGCCGCUUAAUUUGCCAGCUUCUCACUUGUCGAUGACGAGCACAUAACAGAGAUCGAUCCGCCGUAUCUUAGCAUAAAUAUUUACUGGAAUGGUCA